UUAUGGAAGUUUCGGAAGAGCCUGGUUCCCUUUUAUCUACGCAUGUGUUGUUUACAUCUUAUUUCCGGCAAUACACAAAAAUGUGAUCAGACAGAACUGCCAAAAGUGGUAGAACUGUCACUAGUCUUCAAUUGAAAUGAACGUUUCUUUGUUCAUGUCGUUUUAAGAAGAGACAUUCGAUUUGACAGUCAUGACUUCAAGAAGUCAGAAGUCAGAUUUAAAUCUCAGCCUGACUGGAUCCCAGAUAUCCUCAAGUUCAAAGUCACGUCCGUUACAUCGGCCUAGUUCUGUUACUGAUGUUAGGCAAUCUAAAGGGGAUGUACAGAAAUCACAGUCCAGUACAAAAAAGAGGAAUUCUCUACAUGGAGUUGAUAAUUUAAGUCAAAGAAGCGAUGCAUCUUCAGCUCGGAAAAAGAAUCCAAGGCAACAUGGGAGAUCUCCUAGUGAUGACUUCCUGGAACUGUUUGAAAAUUCAAUGCAACCUAAGAUCAAAGCACCUUCAGCUUCCCAGAAGAAACCAGGACCCAAUGCAGUUAAAGUUCUCUGGCAACCAAGCCCAAAGAAAUUUGGAGCAGGUGACAGUGCAAGAACAAAUAGUACGGCAAGAUCUAAUAGUACAUCAAAAACAAACAGUACAGCAAGAACAGUAAAUAAAGAUUUUGAUGAUUUUUUACCUCCCUCAGACAGACAGGAGAAUUUUUUCCAACCAUCAAGUGUUCGUAGCAGCUCUGAUUCAGAAGAAGACUGUUUAUCAUCAAGCUUGAGUAAAAUACAAGCACUUAAAGAAAAACAUAAACUUCAACAAGAUAAAAUGAAUGAUUUAUUCCUCAGUCCACGUGAUAGGGUUGUGAACAGUCCACGUGAUAGGGUUGUGAACAGUCCACGUGAUAUGGUGGUGAAAGACGCUGUGCCUAAAGCUAGUAACUUUAGUGGUAUCGCUAACAAUAUGGUUGUAACUAGCAAACCUCAACGAGUGAAAGCAUCGUUGUCAAAUAUAGAAAAUUCUUAUCAAAAUAUUAAACAUAAAACUCCUGUUAAUGAAGUGAAAAAACAAGAUGUGUCGCAACAAUUAAAAAAACAAGAUACAUCACAACAAAUAGGUCGGAAUAUUGCAGAGGAUUUUAUAAAGACUUUAAACAAUGCAGCAACUAAAAUUCAGCGAUGGUAUCGUGAGCACAAAGCUCAGCAAUUGAAAAAUGAGGCAACUGUGAAAGCCGGGGAAGCAGCCCUAAAACGUUUACUCCAACAAAAAAAACAGGAUCAUGUUGAUCAUAAAAUAUUGGACUUAGAUUUUCUUAGUGAGGAUGAAAGUGAGAAAAAAAGUGUUGAAGACAGGAAAAAAUUAAGAGAGGAAAAAGCUAGGCAAGCAAGACAACAAGCUAUUCAGGAAUUACAGAAAAAAAGGGAACUAAAAAGGGAAGAAGUUAAAAGAAAAGCGGAGGAGGAAGUAACAUAUUUACAAGCAAGUGGCAAAAUAACCAAAAAACCAUUACGUGUAGGAAAGAAGAAAUCACCAGUCAGUGGCUCUCCUGUACCCAAUAAAUCUAAAGAUAGUAACAUCGAUCGGGAUACAAAUACUUCUGUUUCUACACUUAAAGAUGAGGAAGAAGAUUUAUUAGAGUCAGUAUCAAAUAUAAACCCAGGCGAGUCUAGUCGAGAGAGUGCAAGAAAAGAAAGAAGUGAGGCUGCAUCAACUAAAACAACAUUAGACGAUCUGUUAGAUACUCUUAAAAAGUUAGAAGCUGACGAACAGUUGGAAACUCCUAAACCAGUCACUAAGAAUGCUUGGUUGGAAGACAUAGAUAAAGAUUCAACAAAAUCACAUCUUACAUCAGAGAAGUUACAGAAAUUAAACUCAGUUGGAGAGUCUGUUAGUAAAAGUGGGUUUUUGACAGACGAUAAGUUAAAAAGUAUAAUGACCUUCUUAGAUGAAGUACAAACAUCAGACAGACUCAGUUCUGUAGACCAGGAGCUGGCGAAAGAAUCUCACAAUUUUGAGUUACCUCCCAUGUUAGUGCCAUCAGCUGAUGAACUUCUCCAGUUGGACCAUGCUAAGGAAGCUGCCGAUGAAGUAACAUCUACAGUUCUGUCACAGAGAAUGGAAUUAGAUGAGAAAAAGAGAAGUUGUUCUAUGUUGCAGAAAGCUUUGAACCAGCAAAGGGAGUUAACUGUCCGACAUGCAAGAGAAGCAGAAAGAGAAAUGAACAAAAGAUUAGAUGUCCAAAAAGAUGAAUAUGAGGAAGCUAUAAAAAGACAUUUAGGAUUUAUAGAUCAGCUUAUUGAUGACAAAAAGUCUAUGUCUGAAAAAUGUGAAAAGUUAGUCAAGGAGCUGAAGACUAUAGACAAGAAAUACCAGGAUAAAAUUAGAUCUUUAGAUGAUAGACAUGGUUUAGAAACACAGAAGCUGAAAGACAUGCAUGAAGCAGCUGAGAAGUUACGGAGAGAAAGAUGGAUAGAAGAUAAAACGAAAAAGAUUAAAGAAAUGACAGUUAAAGGAUUAGAACCAGAAAUUCAAAGAUUAAUUUCAAAACAUAAAUCUGAGUUAAAGAAAAUCAAACAGAUCCAUGAAGCAGAGUUACUGGAAUCUGACGAGCGAGCAGCUCAGAGAUAUGUUAAAAUGACAGAAGAACUACGAGAUCAAUUAGCUAAAGAAAAGGAAGCUGCUUGUGCAAGAGAAAGAGAACUCAGUAAACAAAGAUAUGAGAAAGAGUUAAAGAAUGAGGAGGACGCCUACCAGCAACAAAGAAGGAGGUUACAUGCUGAGGUCCAGGAAGAGAAAGACCGAGUAUCUCAGCAGGCCACACGACAGAGAACAGAGUUAGAUAGACUACAACGACAGUUAGAAGAUAGUCAUGCUCAUGCAUUAACAGCUAUGAAACAAGAAUAUGAAAAAAGUCGAGAAGAACAAGAAAGAAGGCAUUAUGAUGAAAUGAGAGACAGUAAAGAAAAGUUAAAACUAGAAAAAGAAUCUUGGGAACAAAAUUUUCUAAAGAAGCAAGAAACAUGGGUUGUGCAAAAAGAACGAGAAUUGAAAGAGCAGGUAAAAAGAGAGCGAGAUAAGGAAAUAGAAAUGGUGAUUACACAACUAGAAAACGAUGCCACUUCAACACGAGAAGAUAUAGAGCGGGCAUCAGAACAUAAAACGAGGAGACUGAGAGAAAAAUAUGAGGCUGAAAUGAAAGAUUUAGAGAGAUCUGAAAGACAGGCAUUAGAAAAAUAUAAUGAAAUGAAGGCAAGACUAACAGAAGUUGAUGGUGAAAAUGAGUGUUAUAAGGUACAACUGAAACAGAAAGAUCAAGAAAUAGCCAGUCUUAAAAAGUUAACAGAUAAAAUGCACCAGGAACGAGACCGUGUUUCUGAUAUAAUCAGACAGGAGUUUGCAGAUCGCUUAGUGACAACAGACGAGGAAAACAAACGACUGAAGAACGGAAUGUCCGAGAUGAAGGCAAGACACAGAAUAGAGCUGGAUAGACAGAAAGAACAUAUAGAGGAAAUAAGAAAACAGAAGGAUGAAGAAAUGGAGGAGGUUCAUAAGAGAGUAAAAGAUGCGAUUUUAAAGAAAGAAGAAAUUGUAACCCAGAUUAAGCAGCAGUAUCAGGCUGCCCAGAAACGAGCAGAUCAUUUAGAGGGACUAUUACAACAACAGAGGAAGCAGCUUCUAGGCAAAUGAUAAAAACAUGUUAAGAUAGAUUCCAUGUCAAUGGUGGAAGGGGAGAUAACUCAAGGCUUAGACUGAGAUCACUAGGACAUGUUGUACAGACUAUUAUAGUCAAAUGAUUCCGUCGCCACUAAAUACUACAAAGGUUGUGUCUUUAUUCCAAUGUCAAAUGAAUUGGAGAAAUUUGUAGAAAGGCCAGGGUACUUACUAUCUGUAAAUGUUAUAAUAACUCAUGCUUGCUUUUAUUCAUGUAGACUGAUCAUUUUAUCCAAUUAAUAAUCUGGAGGGCUGCAUACGUUUGUCUGUCAGCAGUUUAUAGAACAGGUAGAUCAUAGCCUCUUUUAAAUUAAUGUCCACUGUAGAGGAUCUGAUAUAUGUGUAUAUAGAUAUAGGAAGAUGUGGUAUGAGUGCCAAUGACAUAUGCCCAAAUAUAGUAUAGUUUGUAUCCAAGUCAGUAUGUAUGUUUGUAAUGUCAAGGAUCCUAAGGUAGUUAACAUGUCAGGGACUUAACCUGUUAGUCUGAGAAACAUAUCUAUGUUAUGUGCAUGGCUAAAAAUAUUUAAGAUUACUAACUAUUUUGGAGUUCUAUUUGUUUGUUUAAAUUUUCCUGAACUUAAGAUAUCUUGAGGAGAAUAAUUUCUAUUUGUCCACCUUUGCCUGUGUUUACAUUAGGUGGUUUUUAGAUCAUAAGACUGUCAAUAUUGUUUUACUAUUAUAUUCUUGAUUUUGUCUGAUAUUACAUCUAGUUGUCUUCAGAUCUUUAGAUUGCCAAUAUGUUUUACUAUCUAAUACUUGAUCAACAUUGAGGGGAAAUAACUCCAUUUUCUCUUGUCAGUUGUUUGUUCUCUAGUUUAUGCAUUUAAAACCAUUAGGUGAGAGAUUGUUGACUUUGUGCCUUGGAAACAUUUAGAUCUGAGAUUAAUGAUUUCUGCUCCUUUCAGUGCCAUUAUAUUCAAGAGAGUUUAUAUCUUGAAAACAUUGGUUAAAAGGAAAACAUUUGUAUGUGUCCACACUUGUCUAUAAGUUUUAGAUCUGUUAUUGUUUACCUCUUUAACUUCUUGAACGUACUCUUGAUGUAAUUGAUUUUUCCAUAAAUUAUUUAGUAGUUUUUUUUUAAAUUCUAAUCAUGAAUUUCUUGAAGAAACUACUCUAUUUAUGAUAUAAAAGUUGUUCUAGGUAUAACAGUUGAUCUAGGUAUAACAGUUGAUUUAGGUAUAACAGUUGAUUUAGUUAUAAAAGUUUUUCUAGGUAUAAAAGUUAUUUUAGGUAUAUAAGAAGCCAUUGUUUAACAUGUUUCCUUCGUAGAAUUUCAUUGUUUUUUAUUUGAAUAGUUUCUUUUAUCUGUAUUAAUAAUUUUAUCAUAAAAUCUUUUUCUUAUUAUACCCUGUAUGGCCAAUUUGGAAUUAAGUGUUACCCUUGUCUUUCUGUAACUCUUUCUGAAUGGUUAUAUGUCCUUACGUAGGUCCUAUAAUUAUUAAAUUUUAUGCCCACCUAAAAUAGUAUUCUGGUCUGUGCGUCCAUCCGUUCGUCCGUUCGUCUGUCCAGCUUCAGUUUAAAGUUUUUGGUCAAGGUAGUUUUCUAUGAAGUUGAAGUCCAAUCAAUUUCAAACUAAGUACACAUGUUCCCUAUGAUAUGAUCUUUCUAAUUUUAAUGUCAAAUUUGAUUUUUACCCCAAUUUCACGAACCACUGAACACAGUGAAUGAUAGUGCAAGUUGGGCAUCCAUGUACUGUGGACACAUUAUUGUUGUAAUUUAAUUUUAAGUUACCUUGUUUUACUUAUUUUAAAUCACUGUUUGUUUCAUUAUAAUCAUUGAUUAAUCUUCAUCAACUAGAUUGAAAUCACUAAUUGAAGUCCAAUUCAUUUUAUGCCAAACUGAAGUCAAUUCACUUUCAGAUAUAAAUAUUAAUUACCUUUUAUCAGAGCAUCAUUACGUAAUACUGGCAAAUUAAAACCCACUACUUCUAUUUAAUUGUUUGUUUUUCAUCACCUAGAAAUAAAACUUCCAUAAAUUUAUUGUGACACAUUUAAUUAAACUUUGUUAUGUAAGUAAUGAUGUUGACAAUUAUUCAGGAUUUCAAAUGUUCUGUUAUGAGGCAAUAACUUAUUUAAAUUCUGUUUCUAUCAGAUUUAAUGUUGUGUUUGUUCAAAGGUCCAUGUUGUUAGGGGAAAUGUAUGCCUGUUGAGUUUUCAAAACAAUAUACAAAUUGAAGAAAGUGUUUCUUUGAAGAAAAAUUAGUAUGUCAGAAAAUGUCCAAAAAAUAUAUAAGUUUUCUUUUCCUGAAACUGACAAUACUACAUUGGACUGAGAAAUGUAUGCUUUGUACAGAAAUAAGAUUAUAAUGAAUUUCUUUCAAACAGAUAUAUUUUUGCAUUUCCUGUAUUCUUUAUUUUGACAUUAAAUUUUCUACAACGUCAUUAUAAUAUGCUAAAUGUUGUAUUUGAAUGAAGCUUACUAGACCAAUCAAAUAAAGGCUUGCUUAUAAUCUAGUCCAACUCAUUAUUUUGCUAUUAGGUUAUUUUAAAGUUACAUUAUAUGAGUUAUAAGAAUAACAAUGUAUUAAAUAAAUAUAGAUUCUUACAUUGAUACCAGUGGAUUAUCAGAUUUAUCCAAUCGAGAUAGUUAAAUUAUCAAUUUUAAAGUUCGAGCCGCCUCGGCGAGUACUUUAAAAUUUAUAAUUUAACUAACGAGAUUAGAUAAAUCCGAUAAUCCACGAGUAACUAUGUAAGAAUCUGUUUCUCUAAUGAUUAAAAAGACAUUUUCUUUUUUUGUUUACCAAAAAUCCCUUUCGAGUGCCUUUCACAUUACACGAAGUUGUCAAUUUCAUUAACACCUGUUAUCAUAUUUUGGUUCAUCCAGUCAGCCAAAAAGAUCAUGACCCUUAAAAUCAUCCAAUGAUCUUCUGAGAUCACCAGCAACCACACGUUGAUUAAAUUUUUUUAUACAAUGGGUUCGAAAAGGGAUAAAUUUCCAUAGAAUUAGAGAAUGUCUUAUAUACGUCAAGUAUAAUAUACACUUAUAUACCAGUAAUUGCAUGCUCUGUACUGUUCCUGACUGAAGGUUGUGACCAUAUCAUAUUUACUUUUCUAUGUCUAUUUAGGUGUGAUUUUGUUUUAUCUUAGCCCAAAACUUUCUCCUCUUGUGUAUAAUAAACAGAAACAUUUUUUUAAAUGCUCAUUUGUUUAAUUUUAAUCAAAGAAUUGUACUUAAAGUGCUAGCAGAUGUGAUGAUUUUGUAUAUAUAUUUGUAGAUUUUUUUUUAUUUAUUUAUGAUAUUCAUUGUUAGAUAUUAAAGAAAACAUUUUUUAUUGUG